AUGGCGAAGUCCUUUGGAAACCAAUCAGCCCCGCGGUCACUGCGGGCGAGGGGCGUCUCCUCGGCCCGGUACUGCAGGGACAUGGAUCAUCUCAAAAAUGACUAUAGAAGAAGAUUUUGCCGACCUUCCAGGGGACCCGACAUUAACACAGAGCAAGGCCAGAACAUACUGGAAAUCUUAAAAGACUGUUUUGAAGAAAAAAGUCUUGCCAAUGAUUUCAGCACAAAUUCUACAAAAUCAGUGCUUUAUUCAACACCCAAAAUAAAAGACAUUUGUAUUCAGUCACCAAGCAAAGAGUGCCAGAAAUCCCAUCCAAAGUCAAUUCCAGUUUCUUCAAGGAAGAAAGAAGCCUCUCUGGAAUUCAUUGUAGAACCAAGUGAAGCUGCCAGCAGAUCAGUUCAAGCCCAUGAAGUUUGUCAGAAAAAUAUGGCAGCUGAUGUUGGUUCUAAAAAUACACCUGGCUCUAAAAAUAUGUCAAGUGGAAAACUAAACGAUCAUCACAGUGAAGCUGAUGAAGAAUUUUACUUAUCUGUUGGCUCGCCUUCUGUUGUUUUGGAUGCAAAAACAUCUGUAUCGCAAAAUGCUAUUCCAUCUAUUGCCCAAAAGAGAGAGACUUACACUUUGGAAAAUUCAGUAAAUACACUGUCUUCAAGUACAGAGAUUUCUCUUAAAACCAAAAAAAGGUAAUCUUUUAAAUAUCCCAUUGUUAGGCAUUUAGCAACUGCUCCACCUCAUUUGCCUCCUCCAAAUGAUACGAAGUUGAUAGAGGAUGAAUUUGUAAUUGAUGAAUCAGAUAGAAGUUUUGCUGAUCGAUCGUGGAUUACAAUACCAAGAAAAGCUGGGCCUGUGAAACAACGCACAAUAACCCCUGCUGAGAGCACUGCACUCCUUCAAAGUAAAGAGUCAAGAGAAAAACAUCACAAUGUAUCACCUAAGACUUUGGCAAGUGACAAAGGUUCCUGUAAAGCUCACCCAGCAGAAAAUUCUCAGCCCUCUGGUCAGCAAAAACUGGGUACAAGUUGUCCUUUGACAGAUGAAAUGGAAAAUAAUAAGAGAUCUACAAAAUAUGCAAUAUAUUCUCAGAAUACAGAAAAAUCAUCUGGAAGCAAAAAGGCUAUAAAACAAAAACAGAGAAGAAACUUUAAAGCCAAUGUAGUUGAAAAACAGCUUGACAUGGGACAAUCUAAAGUUGAAAAUUUAAAUAUAUCACCUAUUCCCCAAAACAAGUUUCAGAGAAAUUCAGAUAAAAGUACAGAAGAAUGUGAAGAGAUGAGAAAUGAUCAUAUUUCCAAAAAACAGGUGCCACCUGCGGGUAAAAUUUCCAGGCGUCCAUCUGAUUGGUGGGUGGUAAAAUCAGAGCAGAGUCCUGUUUAUAGCAAUUCUUCAAUAAGAAAUGAAUUAUCAGUGCAUCACAACAGUAGGCAGAAACCUACUGAGAAGAAAAAUCAGUCAUCUAAGAAUAUCAAGAAAAAAACUAUUCCAUUUAAAAGGCAGAAGACAGCAACUCAAGGCAGCUCAAGAGUGCAGAAGUCUUUAAAUGCUAAGGGUUCCGAAGGUAUUAUUGACCAUGAUGAAGCCUCCGGUUGUUCCCACAUUGAGCCAUUGGAAAGAGACGAGGCAGACCUAGCUGAGAAGAAAAAUCUUGAUAAUCAUUCUGGAUCUACAGGAAAUUCAAAGGAUCAAGAUGAUAAAAUGACUGCACACAAUGUUCAUCUAAAGUCUAAGAUCAGUAGCUAUACAUGCAAGACACCAACAGAUUCUAACUUGGGUUCUGGAGAACCUGAAGCUUCAGUUUUGGAGGAAAGGUAUGCGUGUUUUCUGAGGAUAAUAGGAUUUGCCCUCUAUAUUAGUGACCUGUUGUGUGACUCAAGAGUAAAAGGAUCUAAAGUGAUACCAGACAACAAAAUACAUCACAAAUUAGUAUUGCCCUCCAACACACCAAAUGUUCGCAGGACCAAGAGAAUACGUUUGAAACCUUUGGAAUACUGGCGAGGCGAGCGAAUAGAUUAUCAGGGAAGGCCAUCAGGAGGAUUUGUGAUUGGUGGAGUACUAUCCCCAGACCCAAUGUCGUCUAAAAGGAAGGCAAAAGGAAACGUGGAAAAAGUCAGCAAAAUAGCUAAGCAGAAAAGGAUCUGUCUUGAUAACGAUGAAAGAAAGAGUAGAUUAAUGGUAAAUCUGGAUAUUCCUCUAGGAGAUCCUUUGCAGCCAACAAGGGUAAAGGACCCAGAAACCAGAGAGAUUAUUCUCAUGGAUCUUGUAAGGCCACGAGAUACAUACCAAUUUUUUGUUGCGCAUGGUGAGUUGAAAGUAUAUAAAACAUUGGAUACACCCUUAUUUUCUACUGGGAAAUUGGUAUUAGGACCACAUCAAGAAAAGGGAAAGCAGCAUGUUGGCUCAGAUAUAUUGAUUUUUUAUGUUAACUUUGGUGACCUUUUGUGUACCUUACAUGAAACAUCUUAUAUAAUAACUACUGGGGAUUCAUUCUAUAUUCCUUCAGGUAAGCAUAAUUAG